CUGUCUCUCAGUCACAGAGGCAGGGUUCAGAGGGGGGAGGCACUCACACACAGACUCACACGCGCACACACACACACACACUUAUGCGCGCGCCAGCUCACACACAGCACAGAUUUUCUCAGGCUGCUCAGACUGACAAGAGCAAACGGAGGGAGAGGGAGCGCGUGUCAGAGAGAGUGAGAGAGGGUAAAGAAUAGGACCCUUAUCUGAGGAAGAGGCAGAAGAAGAAGAAGAGGGAAACAGGACUCCCGGAGGACUCUCCACUGCACCGCUUCGAGCCGCACUCAGGAAUACCCCUCGGGUCCCCCGCCUACCGGAACCUUCUCUGGGAAUGUACCUGCAGACGGCGCCGCGGCCCCGUCCCGCGCGCGGCGGGGCCGCCCCCUCCCCGUCCCGCCGGCUCCUGGCCCUCUGCGCCGCGCUGGCGCUCUGCGUGCCCGGCUCCGGGUUCAACCUGGACACGGCGGGGGCGCUGAGCAAGGCGGGAGAGGAGGGCAGCCUUUUCGGCCUCUCCGUCGCGCUCCACCGGCAGCUGACCCCGGAGCCGCACAGCUGGAUCCUGGUGGGGGCGCCCCAAGCGCGUGGGCGGAAGGCCCAGAGGUUCACUCGUCCAGGGGCUCUGUACCGCUGUCCAAUCAGCGCUGAGGAGCACGACUGUGAGCGGGUUGACAUUGAUGGUGACGUAAAGACUGACCGAGAGAGCAAAGACAACCAGUGGCUCGGGGUGACCGUAAAGAGCCAGGGAAUUGGAGGGAAAGUUGUGACGUGCGCCCACCUGUACGAGAUCCGGCAGCGCGUCCACCAGCCGUCGGAGACGCGCGACCCAAUCGGGCGCUGCUACGUGCUGAGCGAGGACCUGACGGAGCGGGACGACCUGGACGGGGGCGAGUGGAAGUUCUGCGAGGGCAGGCCGCAGGGGCACGAGCAGUUCGGCUUCUGCCAGCAGGGCAUGGCCGCCAGCUUCACCCCCGACAACAACUUCAUCCUGUUCGGCGCCCCUGGCACCUACAACUGGAAGGGAGAGCUGCGCGUGCAGCUCCUUAACCAGUCACUGCUGGAUCUGGGUUUCUAUGACGACGGGCCCUAUGAGGUGGCGGACGAGAAAGAGCAGAAUGCCCAGCUGAUCCCAGUGCCCUACCACAGCUACCUGGGGUUCUCGGUGGACUCCGCCAUGGCGGUGAUGAGCCGGGCGGAGCUGACGUUCGUGGCGGGGGCGCCGCGGGCCAACCACAGGGGCGCGGUGGUGCUGCUGCGGAAGGACAACGUGUACCGCCUGGUCCCCCAGCACAUCCUGUGGGGGGAGGAGCUGGCCUCCUCCUUCGGCUACUCCGUCGCCACCGCCGACCUCAACAACGACGGAUGGACAGAUCUGGUCGUCGGAGCUCCCAACUUCUUUGACCGCAAGGCGGAGAUCGGGGGGGCGGUGUACGUGUACCUGAACCCGUUCGGUCUCUGGGACAUGGCGAAGCCCAUCCGGCUGAAUGGAGCCCCUGACUCCAUGUUUGGCCUGACCGUCACCAGCCUGGGGGACCUGAAUCAGGACGGCUAUGAAGAUCUCGCAGUGGGAUCCCCUUUUGAUGGUGAUGGCAAGGUCUUCAUCUUUCACGGAUCCCAUUCGGGUAUCGACAGCAAGCCUGCCCAGGUGCUGGACGGAGAGAGCAUGGGAAUGACCGGAUUCGGCUACUCCAUCUCCGGGGGCGUGGACAUGGACGGGAACUCGUACCCGGACGUGGCCGUGGGCUCCCUGAACGAUCAGGUAGCUCUGUACAGAUCCCGUCCGAUUGUCCAGGUGCAGCGGGAGGUGGCCAUCAAUCCCCAGAACAUCGACCUGGAGCACCGCAGCUGCAGGGGCAGAGACGGAGUGUGCGUGGAUGUAAGAACCUGCUUCAGUUACUCGGCGAUGCCAGAAACGUAUUCACCAAACAUCACCCUGGAGGUGCUCCUCGAGGUGGAAGCGGAGCUGAGGACGCUGAACAUGCCCCAGCGGGUGAGCUUCCUGGGUCGCAGGGCAGCGGACCCGGACUUCCUGCACACCACUGAGGUGGAGCUGAACGGCCAGGGACAUGUCGCCUGCGAGAUCACUACUUUCCAGCUGCAGGAGAACCUUCGGGACAAGCUCCGCCCCAUCUCCCUGUCUGUCACUCACAAUAUCAAACACAGGAAGCCACCGGCAGACUCCAAGCUGGGCGAGCUGACCCCGAUGAUGAGCCCUACCACCCCCAACACCCUGCACACCGAGGUGAAUUUCUUGAGGGAGGGCUGUGGUCCUGAUAAGAUCUGUCAGAGCAACCUGCAGCUGGGCUACCAGUUCGGCACGCGUCCCGGGUCGUCCGGGCUGUUCACCCCUCUGCCCCUCGACGAGGACGGCGUGCCUGUGUUCGAGUUCUCGGAGAGGAUCCCGCUGGCCCUGGAGGUGACGGUCACCAACAUGCCCUCCAACCCCGCGGCCCCCCUGGAGGACGGGGACGACGCCCACGCUGCCCAGCUGCUGGUGACUCUCCCAAAAACCCUGUCCUACUCUGGCAUCAGGACACAGGCGCAGGUGGGAUGUCACGCCAGUCUGAAUGGCUCAGAGUGUGAGCUGGGAAACCCCCUGAAGAGAGAUGCCAAGCUAACAUUCUACAUACUCCUGGGCACCUCUGAUAUCACCAUAGAAACCAGCGACUUGUCUGUUGAUCUCCUCCUGUCAACUAUCAGUGAGCAGCCGGAUCUGGCCCCAGUCACCGCCUAUGUCAAAGUGGUGAUAGAGUUCCCCCUGUCUGUCAGCGGGCUGACCCGCCCACAUCAGCUGUUCUUCAGCGGUACGGUGAAGGGGGAGAGCGCCAUGCAAACUGUGGAGGAAGUGGGAAGCGCAGUGGAGUAUGAGUUCACGGUGAGCAACCCUGGGAAGCCCCUGCAGACGUUUGGCUCCGCCUUCCUGAACAUCAUGUGGCCUCAUGAACUGGCCAAUGGGAAGUGGCUCCUGUACCCCACAGGAUUUCACUUUAAGGACCACCCACAUUCCAGCUGUGUCUUAACCAACCCACUGGGGUUGAUCUCCACCGAUCAUACUCAACCUGCACACCUUAAGGCCAGGCGGAAGGGGCGCUCUCACCCAGAGGAGGAGGGACCGAUAGUGCCGAAGAGCAGCCUGGGACGGGCCUCGCCUGCUGUAGCAGCCUCAGAGAGGAGGAAGUCUCUGAGGCUGGACUGUCUCCUUGGUUCGGCUCGCUGCAUUCUGUUCCAGUGCCCCCUUCAUGGGUUCUCUGGGUCCACCCAGCUGACGAUACAGGCCCGCCUGUGGAACAGCACUUUUAUAGAGGAGUUCUCCUCAGUCAGUGCUCUGGAACUCUUGGUGAGAGCCAACAUCACAGUCAAAUCCAGCAUCAAACAUCUAAUAUUGAAGGAUGUUGCAGCACAGGUCCCUGUGAUGAUCUACCCGGAGCACACGCUGGCAGAGAAGUACUGGAUCCCCUGGUGGAUUAUCCUGAUCGCCAUCGCCGCUGGCGUCCUGGUCCUGGCGCUCUUAGUCUGCAUACUCUGGAAGUGUGGGUUUUUCCGUAGAGCUCAGUAUAAGGACACCGUGCCCCAGUACCACGCGGUGAAGAUUCCCCGUCAGGAUCGCCCGCAGUUCCACGAUGAAAAUACGGGAACGCCACAGAAGAAGGAGUGGGUUACUCACUGGAGUGACAGCACGUCCUGAACACACACGUCCUGAACACACACACUCACACACACACGUCCUGAACACACACACACGCACACACACACACGUCCUGAACACACACACACACACACGUCCUGAACACACACACACGCACACACACACGUCCUGACACACACACACACACACACGUCCUGAACACACACACACAGAACACGUCCUGAACACACACACACACACACACACGUCCUGAACACACACACACGCACACACACACGUCCUGAACACACACACACGCACACACACACGUCCUGAACACACACACACGCACACACACACACGUCCUGAACACUCACACACACACACGUCCUGAACACACACACACACUCACACACAAACACUUCCUGAACAUGCACACACACACACAUACACACACACACACACACUCUCUCGCUCAGACACACCCACACACACAGUGUUGAAAAUGCACUGAAACCCUGACUAACCUGCACUGACUGGUAUCCUCCACGUGCUCAUACUGCGUGGCCACGCCCACUCAAACUCACAGACACAGAGGGGGCUGUAAGCCCCACCCACUCACUACCACUGACACCCAUUGUCCCACAUGACCGGGGAAAAGGGAGGGAACCACAGACAACCCUGCUGAGACAAACACUGAGACAAUGAACCAGAUCUGCCCAGCUCAAAACCAGACCAAAAAAGGCCUUUCCCACACUCACAUACACACACACACAUGCACACAGACACACAUACACGCACACACACACACUCACUCACAUGCACGCACACACACACACACACACACACACACUCACACACUCACACACAGACAUACUCACACACUCACACACACGCACGCACGCACUCACACACACACACACACUCACACUCACUCAUACACACACACACACACACUCACAUGCAAACACGCAGACAUCUUCCCUCCGAGGAUACAGGUCCCUGCGAUUUAGAGAGGUGAUCUAGAAACGAUUUACAGUGGCGAUUUAGACAGGCGAGCACGCAGACAUGCUGCAGUUUUGUAUGUUUUCACCUUUUUAACGCCCAACGCAAUAGCUCAGAAAACUAAAACAGCACCAGCGCUACAGAGGAGACGGAAACCGCCCGGCACGCGGGGAGAAGUGUCAUCGCGGCACAUCACGGCUCGCAGACUGUGAUUGGACCAGCGCCGCCACCCAAGCUGAUGAAGGUGGAGGAUGAGGAGGUCCACAGUGUGAGACAGUUCACCCAGCCAAUCACACUCGGGGGCUUUCUGAAGAUGACCGCUGCAAGGGAAAAGAUCAAUUUUGUUUACUGAGCUUAGAACUGCAAAAUAGGAAAAACUGUCAGUGUUUCUGUGUUUUUUAUAGCAUUUUUUUAUUUAUAGAGGUGGCAAAAAGACAAAAAGUGAACAGAAGAUCCCUGAAGAAAGACAGUUCUCUGAAAGUGUGAAGAAUCCCUCUCAUUGUAAUCGGCUGGCCCCUUAGACUCAAACUCUAUUUUGGUGACUUUGAAUGUAUGGCACGAGUUCUGAAAUGUUUGUCUCCUAAAGCAUUUUAUUUAUAAUCUAAAAUUUGCCAUUCCUUUAAAAAGUGGCAUGGAGGACUGGCUUGUGUAACAUAGUUUUCAGAUUAUAGCAACAGAAUAAUAACAAAAAGUCUAUUUCACUGUUUUACUUCACUGUUAUUGUAAGUGCCUUACGCUAGUGAUGGCUAAAUUUGAUAUCCAAACAAACUGAAGACAUUUGGAGUCAUAGCUGGUUGCUUAGUAACUAUUCUGGGAUAGUUCUUUUUUUGGGGGGGUGGGGGGGGGGCAGCAGGGGAACUUAUAUCCCAUCUGGUGUGAAUUAAAUGGGAUGAAUGGAUUAUAACUCAAGGGGAAAAGUGGGGUAUGUGGUGGUGGGAUCGUCAUGGAGACAAGAUAGGCCUAAAACGCGCAUAGAUAUUGCUGGACAAUCUUGUUUUACUGCAUGAACAGACAUUGCUGUACACAGUUGUGGAUGUCACACCCAAAUGUUUAUUUAUUUCUGACAAACUGUACUAUUGUACCAUUGUAAAUAAAAUAAGUUGACAAAACGUG